CGGUCAUCGCCAGAACAGAGAGGAUUUGGUAGAAAUAUCUGGCAACCGCGGCCAGAAACGAAACCAAACCGGACCGUAAAAGGCUCACAUAACGGGCCAACACUGGGCUCGGGUGUCAGUUUGCUUUAGGUAAUAAUUAACCCAGGCCAAAGACGGAUACGAGCUGGAACGCCCGGCUGAGUCACUCUGCACCAGAAACACAAGUGAGAAGAGACCACCAUGAGCUUCAGGCUGUUUGAGGAGAAACACCACGCUUCCCUCUACCAGCAGUACCGCUUAACUCCAGCAAAUGAGCUGAACGAGCUGAUUCUGCAGUACCUGGACAAAAAGAAAGGACCUCCUCAUGAGCUGGCGGUGGACCUGGGGUGUGGAACAGGACAGCACACUCGUCUGCUGUCCCCUCACUUCCAGAAGGUGGUGGGGAUUGACGUCAGCGAGUGCCAGGUGGAGGAGGCCAGAGCUGUGCCGGGGUUCACCAACGUCACCUACAGAGCCGGUCCGGCAGAGGUGCUGCCGUUCCCUGAUGACUCAGUGGAUUUGCUGACCGCAGCCUCUGCUGCCCAUUGGUUCGAUGCCAAACGUUUCCUCAAGGAGGCCGCCCGUGUGCUGAAGCCUCGCGGCUGCAUGGCUCUCUUCGGCUACGCAGAUAAUUUUAAACUGCACUAUGGUUCCUGUGGAGAUCGACUCAGCAACAUCUAUGAGGAGCUGAAGAAGUUUCUCCUGCCAUACACUAGCAGUCAGGUGGCAGUGUCCAACAGUAAACUGCAGGAUUUAUAUGAAGCCAUACCCUUCCCUGAUAGGGAGAGGAUUGAAGUCAUUCCAGUGAAGGAGGAGGUGACUGUCAAGAACCUAGUUGGUCUUUUGGAGACUUACUCCACCUACCAGGCCUACCACAGGGCUGAUCCCCAAGCUGCAGCUGCUCUGUCAGAGUCAACAAUGACAAGGUUUCUUGAGGAGAUGGGUGUCUCGUCGCCUGAAACCAAGCUAGAGAUCAGACUGGAGUACUUCUGUGUGCUGGCAUGUAAACCACAAUAACAGAGCAUUUUUUGUAGUGGCCAGUGUUGUGUAGUGGGCAACAUCACUGAGCUCCACUCAGUAGACUGGGGGUUCAAUGCCCUGCCUAGGCAGGAACACCAGUAAGAGUCCUUGGGCAAGACUCCUAAUGCUACAUUUGCCUCUGUAACAGUUUAAGUUGCUUGCACUAAAUGCAUAAAAUAUGCACAGUCCCACUUUGAGACAGAGUUCGAGUUCAUUUACUCUAAAGUACUGUAAAAGUUUAAAGGUUCCCUUGAUCGUAGUUUCCAAAUAAUGAUUUACAUCUUGUUUUUCGAGUCAGUUCUCCAUGCUUAGAAUUUUUUUAGUCAUCUAUACUCUUUUAAAAAUGGUUCUUCAGUAAAGACAGUGGUUCUAUAUAGAACCAUGCACACUUGCAUGAUUAAAUGGUUGAACACUUGCAUGGAAUUCUAAACAGAACCUUUUUGAAAAUGGUUCUGUAAAGGACCAAAAGGGGUUUUGCUAGCCUUGUUCAGAUAUUGUAUACAAUAGAAUAACCUUUUCGGUAAUAUGUAGAACCUUAUACAACACAUUCUCCAUCAGUCUUUAGAACCAUUUCACCAUCCAAAAAAAACAUGUAACCAUGCAAAUGGGUCUUUGAGUGUUCAUGGUUCUAUAAAGAACCAUUGUCUUCACUAUACAACCCUUGAAGAACCAUCUUUUUUAAGAGUGUAGGCAUGAAAAUUGCUUAAAAAUUUUGAGGCAGUACAUGUAUUUUUGCUAGUCAAAACACUUUUUGCCAUUAGAAUAAACACAAAUAAACAUAAAUGCAGUAAAAAGCGACGUUUUGUUGUUUUUAAAGACGUUAUUGAUAUGUUGGUUUGAAGAACGCAGGUUUGGUUCCUCUUCUCCUCAAUGAAGCUCCAGCUAUGGCUGGAUUUAUUUGAUUCCAUGAGCAGCACCUGUUUUACUUUAAUGAAGUAUUGAUUAGAUAAACUUGGUAUUGGCUGGUAACUGUAAAUGCUGGACUUCCUUGAGAAGAGCUUUGGAAAUGGUUAAGAUGACUCACUCGCAUACAGAACAAUCACAAUGGAUUGUUUAUUUGUAUUUCAUUUGUAUGUCUUUACAUCUCAUUUUCUCAGAUGCCCAAGACUACGGACCAAUCCCAUUUCAUAUUUUUACCCCUACCCCUUGUUUCUGAGUGUCACAUUGCCUCUUGAAACUGAGUUACAAGGGGUAGUGGUUGAAAUCUUCCUCUAUGAAAUGAGACCCUCAAAUAAAAAGAGCAUCACUUCAUUAACAGCUACUAGCGCUGCUCUGUAGGCGACGCUGCCAGUCU